GAGCAGAAGAAAUAGUAAGAAGAAAACAAAACCCAGAGAAAGCAAAAAGAUACAAACUUGAAGAACAUUUCUAGAAAAAGGAUUCGAUACCCACUACCCAUCAUGGCCUCUCAGGCCAAUUGGGAAGCUGAUAAAAUGUUGGAUGUUUAUAUUUAUGAUUACCUUCUGAAGAGAAACUUACAUGCUUCUGCAAAGGCUUUUCAAGCUGAAGGAAAAGUUUCUACAGAUCCUGUAGCUAUUGAUGCACCUGGUGGCUUUCUUUUCGAAUGGUGGUCUGUCUUUUGGGAUAUAUUUAUCGCUAGGACAAAUGAAAAGCACUCCGAAGCAGCUGCAUCUUAUAUUGAGACUCAAGUGAACAAGGCUCGGGAGCUGCAACAGAAGCCCCAGCAGAAUCCUCAAAUGCAAAUGCAGCAUCUUUUGCAAAGGCAUGCUGCUCAGCAGCAGCAACAACAGCAGCAGCAGCAACAACAACAACAACAACAACAACAACAACAACAACAACAACAGCAGCAGCAGCAGCAGCAGCAGCAGCAGCAGCAGCAGCAACACCAACAACAACAACACCAGCAACAGCAAAGACGGGAUGGGACCCAACUUCUUAAUGGAGCUUCCAAUGGGCUUGUUGGCACGGAUCCUCUUCUGAGGCAGAACUCUGCAACUGCAAAUGCCAUGACAACAAAAAUGUUUGAGGACAGAUUGAAGCCUCCCAUACAGAGGGAUGCUUUGGAUGAUGUGGCUAUAAAGCAAAGGUUGGGUGACAAUAUGAGUCAGCUUAUGGAUUCAAAUCGUGCGUCAUUGGUGAAAGUAGCCACAGCAGGUGGCCAGUCUCCUGGUCAAAUGCUGCAUGGUACACCUGGAGGUAUGUUGGGGAAUCUUCAACAAGCUCACAAUCGGAAUCAGCAACACCCUGGAUUGAUGCAGGACAUAAAGACUGAGAUGAUGAACCCAAGAGCUGCUGGUCCUGAAGGAUCGUUGAUGGGUCUCCAUGGAUCAAAUGAAGGCAGUAGCAAUUUGACUCUGAAGGGUUGGCCUUUGACGGUUCGACCUGGAAUUCUCCAGCAGCAAAAUUCCAUGAUGCAGUCCUCUCAGCCCUUUAAUCAGUUUCAGCUCCAGCAGCAACUUCUACUCCAGGCCCAACAAAAUUUAGCCUCCCCAUCUGCCAGUGACUUGGAAACUAGAAGGCUGACAAUGCUUCUCAAUAGGAAUAUAUCUAACGUUGAUGUACCUAACGCUGGAUCACCUGUUCAAGUUGGUUGCCCUGUAUUGCCUGGUGCAGAUGCAGAUAUGCUUAUGAAGUUACAGCAACAGCAGAUGCAAAACAACAAUCAACACCAGCAACAACAACAAUAUUCACAGCAUCCGUUUCCAAGUCAACACCCUCAGAGUUCAAAUCAACACCUCCAGCAGCAAGACAAGAUCGUUGGUGCUGGCAGCAUUACAGCUGGUGGUAGCAUGUCUAACUCCUUUCAAGGCAAUGAUCAGGUUCCAAAGAAUCAAAUGGGGCGAAAGAGGAAGCAGCCAGUGUCAUCUUCAGGUCCUGCCAAUAGUUCAGGAACUGCUAAUACCACUGGACCAUCCCCUAGUUCACCUUCAACUCCUUCUACUCACACAGCAGGAGAUGCGAUCUCAAUGCCAACUUUGGCCCAUAAUGGCGGUUCCUCAAAGUCUUUGCUUAUGUUUGCUUCUGAUGGUCUAGGCUCAGUUGCCUCAGCACCAAAUAAAUUGAAUGAUAUGGACCGUUUUGUGGAUGAUGGAUCUUUGGAGGAUAAUGUUGAAUCAUUCUUAUCACAUGAUGAUGCUGACCCUCAGGAUAGAGUUGCUCGGUGUUCAGAUGUCAGCAAAGGCUUCACUUUUUCGGAAGUCGGGGUUAUUCCUGCAAGUGCAAGUAAAGUCGAGUGCUGUCACUUCUCAGCAGACGGGAAAACACUUGCAACUGGUGGGCAUGACCGAAAGGCUGUAUUGUGGUGUACAGAAUCCUUCAACCCAAAGUCUACGCUUGAAGAGCAUACUCAGUGGAUAACAGAUGUUAGAUUCAGUCCUAGUAUGUCAAGACUAGCUACAUCCUCCGCUGACAAAACUGUCAGGGUUUGGGAUGUUGAUAAUCCUGGCUAUUCACUUCGUACUUUUAUGGGACAUUCUACAACUGUUAUGUCACUUGACUUCCACCCUACUAAAGAGGAUCUUCUGUGCUCUUGUGAUAACAAUAGUGAGAUAAGAUACUGGAGUAUCAAGAAUGGUAGUUGUGCUGGAGUUUUCAAGGGCGGUGCAACUCAGAUGAGGUUUCAACCUCGUCUUGGAAGGAUGCUUGCUGCUGCAGGUGAUACUCUUGUCUCCAUACUUGAUGUAGAGACCCAAGUCUGCACGCUUAAAUUACAGGGUCAUAAAAACCUUGUCAAUUCUGUGUGCUGGGAUUCUUCUGGUGAGUACCUAGCUUCCGUGAGUGAUGACUUGGUUAGAGUGUGGACGGUUGGCUCCAGUAGCAAAGGCGAAUGCCUUUACGAAUUAAGCUGUUCUGGCAACAAAUUUCGGACAUGCGUAUUCCAUCCCACUUAUCCAUCAUUGUUGGUGAUUGGCUGUUAUGAGACAUUGGAGCUUUGGAACAUGACAGACAGCAAGACAAUGACGCUGCAUGCACAUGACAAGCUAGUGUCGUCUUUGGCAGCAUCAAGUUCUACUGGCAUGGUAGCUUCAGCUAGCCAUGAUAAGUGUGUGAAGCUAUGGAAGUGAUUUAGUCUUCUUCUACCGUAACCAUCACGCAUCCUGAAAUAGUCGGCAACGAGUUGCUUUUGUGAGUUGUCCGUGUCAAGUUACUAUGUUAUAGUAAGUACAUAAGACGGGUUUUAGAUCUAAACAGCCCCAGUUUAACCCAUAGGAGAGUUCACUGCGAUGUUAGAAACAAAGUAAAACGAUGUUUAUCUUUAGACAAGCUCAAGCUAUGAUGUCAAUCUAUGGUUCGUGCUGCUUUUGGAAAUCAAACCUUAUUAGUUAUCAACUUAUCAUU